AUGGCAUGUAAACAGGACGUCCAAAUCCGAAGAGUGGCUCAUGUAAAUGCGGCUGACAAGGAGGUAGCAAUGCAGCAACACAUGCCAAGCCACCGAAUACUGCCUCCCCCGGAAAGAGCCCCAUGGGGCUGGUGGCGGGUGGACGAACCCAACACUACCGGUAUAAAAAACUGCGCCGAUGCCGAGCCGGGUCCGGCUCCUGGUUUUCGGGCCUUCUUGGCCCCCCUAUACCAUUACGCCCUGCCCGCCGAGUCGGGCUGUGCGGUUGCGACCGGCAAAUCCGACCCAGCCUUUUGUUUUUUUGUCUGUCUUUUCCGGCGGCAGGGUCUAGCGACAUGGCGCCACGCGGCAGAAAAUCAGCCCGUCAAGGCUGUCCGAAAGAGGAAGCAACAUUCUGAUCGAUCCCUGAAUGUCGCGUCGUGCACGCCAUCGGGGAGAAAAAAAGGGGUUCGCAGGGCUGUUGGGCCGAUUGUGAACUUGUGUCUUGUCGUUGGUCAGUUUUAA